AGAUGGCGCAGUAGUAUCCAAUCAUGUUUUUUUUCGUUUCUUUGUAUAAGAUAUCAUAUACACACGUGAACAAAACACAUGGUUUUAUAUUUGAAGAAAUAUAAAAUUUAAUUAACAAAAAAUAGAUAAUUAACAAUGUUGUACAUGAUCGGCUUAGGACUCGGCGAUGCAAAAGAUAUUACUGUUAAGGGUCUUGAAAUAAUAAGAAAAUGUAGUCGUGUGUAUUUGGAAUCUUAUACGUCAAUUCUUUCUGUAGAUCAAAAAAUCUUGGAAGAUUUUUAUGGUUGUUCUUUGAUCAUCGCAGACCGUGACUUAGUAGAAAGUGAUGCAGAUUUAAUACUGUCGAAUGUAGAGAACGAAGACAUAGCAUUUUUGGUUGUUGGAGAUCCAUUUGGUGCAACCACGCAUACAGAUUUAGUAUUACGAGCACAAGAGAAAGGUGCUAAGGUAAAAGUAAUCCAUAAUGCAUCCAUCUUAAGCGCUAUAGGUUGUUGCGGUUUACAAUUGUAUUCUUUUGGAGAAACCGUAUCUAUUCCAUAUUGGACAGAAACUUGGCAACCUGAUAGUUUCUAUGAUAAAAUUGCUUCUAACAGAGAAAGAGGCUUACAUACUUUGUGCCUAUUGGAUAUCAAAGUAAAAGAGCCUACAUUGGAAAGUAUUUUAAGCAAGAAAAAAGUUUAUAUGCCACCAAAAUAUAUGAGCGUAGCUGAAGCAUCCAAUCAAUUAUCUUCCAUAUUAGAAAAAAAGAGAAAGGAUGGCAAUGAAAGCUUAGCUUUCACAGAACAUAGUCUAGUGGUGGGAUUAGCUAGAAUAGGAUCGGAGGAUCAGAAUAUAAUUGCCUGUUCGUUGCAAGAAAUGAAAGAAAUUGAUCUUGGAAAACCUCUUCAUUCUUUAAUCAUUCCAGCUGAGAAACUACAUCCUCUUGAAACUAGUUUCUUACGACAAUAUGCUAUUGAUAAAACAAAAUUUGACGAAUCGGUAGCUCAAUAAUUAAAAUAUUAAAAAU